UUUCUCCUCCCUUCGGUAAUAUAAUUACUAAAAGCUCGAAUAUUUGCUACCUACUGACACCAAUACUAAAAAAAAAAAAAAAAACUGCCAGCUUUUGGCGUUUAAUCCAGAGGCCCACAGACGCUUCGAUCCACACCUACGACCUCGAAAGCUUCAAAGAGGUCGGCAAUGCCUUCCUUCUCUCUGGCGGCAGCGAGGGAAUCGACAAUCGUCGCUCCCCAUAUCCAUGGCGACAGCAGCGAGCGUUCUUUCAUCAAGUUUGAGAACAUUACGUUCUUCAGGAGUAAAGAAGCAGCUGAAGAACACUCAAGCAUGGAGCACAGUACAGGAUUGAUCCAGAAUAUAAUAUUUGAAGCUGCUGAUCGCAACAAUAUUGGUGGAUCUGCUUAUGGUGGACAAAGGUCCAUAUGUUGCACACCUGAUCUUGCUAAGCUUGAGGAUUGCAAACAAGGGGAAGUCAUUAGGAGACCAUGGUCUGUGGAUGCAGAAUGACCAUUUAUAAUAAAUACACACUUCAGCGCAGAUUAUCUAGAUGCAACAAUGGACAGUAAAGAGGUUAUAACAAAGAAUGGAAUGUACAACUUAUUCUUUAUCUCCUGUGAUCCAAAGCUGAAGGGUCUAGCACUGAGUGGAAAGACCUUGUGGAAAAACCUUGAUGCUUAUUUGCCGGGCAGGAUGGCUCCCUUAAUGACAUUUUAUAUUUUCAUGUCUCUCGCUUAUUUGCUGCUCGGUCUCAUUUGGUUUGUUCAGUAUAUUAGGUUUUCAAAAGACAUAUUACCAAUUCAAAACUGCAUAACCGCUAUUAUAGCGUUGGGUUUGUUUGAAAUGACUCUUUGGUACUUUGAAUAUUUGAAUUUUAAUAGCACAGGCACGAGGCCUGUUGGAAUCACAAGUUGGGUGGUGACAGUUGGAGCAGUAAGAAAAACAAUUUCACGGCUGCUUAUACUUUCAGUGUCCAUGGGAUAUGGUGUUGUUCGCCCAACUCUUGGUGGUCUUACAUCAAAAGUUCUUCUUCUAGGGGUAACAUAUUUUCUGGCCACGGAGUUAUUGGAUAUUGCUGAAAAUGUUGGAACCAUAAAUGACAUUUCAGGCAAAUCAAGGCUCUUCCUUGAGCUUCCAGAUGCAUUUCUGGAUGCAUUUUUGAUACUCUGGAUUUUUACUUCUCUUUCUCGGACUCUAGAAAAGCUACAGGCACGGCGGAGUUCUGUUAAGCUGGACAUUUACAGGAAAUUUACUAAUGCAUUGGUAGUUUGCGUGAUUGCUUCAGUUGCUUGGAUUGGAUAUGAGGUUUACUUCAAAGCAAUGGAUCCACUCAACGAACGAUGGCAGAGUGCAUGGAUCAUCACUGCUUUCUGGGAUGUUAUUGCCUGUGCUUUGCUCUGUGUUAUGUGCUACCUUUGGCAACCAUCUCAAAGCUCUCAAAGGUAAAAGUCUUGCCUCUCUUGGAUGUAGUUAAACUAAUGUCAAAACCUCAAAAAUCUAUGCUAUGGAUUAUAAUACGGAUAUGCAUACUCGGCCGAAGCUGGAGAAGAUACUGAUGACGAAGAAGCUCAGUCCCUAACAAAAGGAACUUCAGAUGGUGGUGAUCUGGGAUUAGUUUAGUUAAGAUGGAGAAAAAUGCAAGGAAUGCGGAGAGUGGUGUCUUCAGUGAUGAGGAUGGUGAGGUUGAAGAAGAUAAGAGGGAGUGAAUGUGUUCUUAUCACACAAUUUUUUUUUGUCUUGACCGGAGUUUAAAAAUGGACGCCGAGGCGAAUUGUAUUUUACCAUGACCUGCGAUGGUUUAUUUGUUUGUAGAAUUGAGCUGAGCUGGGAUGCAACACUAUUUGUACAUUGAUUUGGUGAUACCAAGAGUCUCAUGGUUCUGUAAUUGGUUUGUAUAUAGUGAACAACGAGAAGAGUAGCAAGUUUUGAUUAA